GGGUGGAGGAGGAAAGCGGGGGGAGGAGUAGGAGGAGGGAGGAGCGCGAGGGCGAGGGUGGCCGGGCUGUGGGAGCCUCGCGUGGCCCCAGUCGCUGCUAGAGGGAGGAAGAGAUCACACCUGCACUCUCCCCUCUCUCGACUCACGCGCACCACGUCGCUGCUCCAAACUCCUCCAACACUCACCUUUCUCCUUCCCCUCAUCCUCCUCCUACUCGUCCUCCUCCAAGUUCUGAAGUCACUCGUUCACUUACAAGGGACGUCUUACCUCUUGAUUCAGCUACAUCCCGCGGUCACAUUAAAUUUUUUCUGAACGCUCUGCUGAACGAACCUCUUUCUCCCGUCAGAGUUAAAGAACUUGUAUAAAAGAACAGACAUUGGAAGACCACUCCCCAAACGCUGGUGCCUCCUCCGGGCUCGUGUAGCAAAGCAAGUGCCACUCUCGAGACCCGCCGCCCAGCCAGACCCUCCGCUUCUCAUUAAAAAGCUAAAAAAAUAAACUAAAUAAAUAUCGUUCCAUGAUCUACACCGAUAACGUCCAGUGCUCAAAGCCAACCAGGUGCCGCUUAGUGUGUUUGUGUCGUCUGUGUUGAAGGUGACGGAGGGGAACACUCGAGGACUCGCUGCACAAGACUCCGUUUCGCCCAGCAGCGGUGGGAGCGCCGCCCCCUCGUGCCGUGCCAGCCGAGCGGCAGACCCCAGCGAGUUGACCCACGUUGUAUCUCCCCGUGACUCGCCGUGCCAGGCCGCGCCCCCUCUCCCGCCCGCCCGGCCGUGCAAGUCUUUCGUCGUAAACAUUGAUUAAUAACCCCAGAGGAAGCGAGACAGAGGAAUAGAGAUAGAGAUAGAUUAAAAAGCGAAAGAAGAAUCUGUAAAUAGAUCAAGCGCGACUACGUGUAAGAGCGAGGUACAAACACGCCGUUUAUUUUGUUGUUGUGACGCCAUUCGUAGACUGAGUUUGAUGUUAUAGAGUAUGUGGUUCCGGUGACUCUAGUGAGACUUGAUGUUGUGUAGCUCCCUUGACGCCCGCUGUCCACUCAGAUGGGAGCCCACCAGAAGCAAGAGAGCGAUGUUCUCUACUGCGAGAAGAUCAGGCUGCCGGAGAACCUGGAAAGCAUCCCUCGGGCAGACCACAUCCCCAGCCAACGUCACCGCUGGAACACCAAUGAAGAAAUUGCGUCACUGCUCAUCAGCUUCGACAGACACACUGACUGGCUCUCCAAGGAGUCAAGAUUAGACCUAAGAGUGGUUCCAUGCUGCUGUACUCAAGGAAGAAGGUUCGCUACCGAAGGGACGGCUAUUGCUGGAAGAAGAGGAAGGACGGGAAGACCACUCGGGAGGACCACAUGAAGCUGAAGGUCCAGGGUAUCGAGUGUAUUUACGGCUGUUACGUGCACUCCGCCAUCCUGCCCACUUUCCACCGCCGCUGCUACUGGCUGCUGCAGAACCCUGACAUCGUGUUAGUGCACUACCUCAACGUGCCCUACCCUGACGACAACAAACUAGUGAUGGCGUCCAGCAUAUCCCUUUGGGCCGACAAGAAAGAGUGGACCAAGGAAGAAUUGAUCAGUCAGCUCAAGCCAAUGUUCUUCAGCGAGGAUGAGCCGGACCUCAACAACGAACUUGAGAUAUCGCCUUCAUGUGGAGGCCGAGUGUACAGCCAGAUCAGCAAGACAGCUGAGACAGUGGAGGCCAUUGUGGCCCAGCUUAUGGAAAAGCAGCGCGUGGCACGAGCAGCAGCAGCGGCAGCGGCUGUGGCAAACAAGAGUGGCGUUGAGUGCGGCUGUGGUGCUAGUGUAGGUGCCGAACACAGCAAGCAGUGUACUCUGCAUCCACUCCGGCGCUUGAGUGUGGCCAAGCUCCCCCACCAUCACCACCACCAUCACCACCACCAUCACCACGAGGGACCCAACACUGUCACCUCCUCCCGCCAGACACUGGUAGCCAUGCCAGCACCCUCAGACAGUGACACAAACCAGCAUAUCUACAACUUUAUGCAUAGCAAAAUUCAAACAAACACCAGAAGCCAGUAUCAACAGGCUCUCCUUUCCGCUAGACUCCACCAAAAACUUACGGUAUCGUCAACGAGUGGGCCAGGUGGGUGCGUCACCCCCCAGUACCAGGGCGUAACUCAGGAGGGGGCCUGCCCACCAGACCCCCCACCCUCUACCAGCAACACCACUAAUAACAACAAUAAUAACAACAAUAGUAACAGCAACACCACCACGUCCAACAACAAUAACAACAAUCUGAACACCACCACAGCUCCGCUAAUCCUAAACCUGUCCAACAUCCAGGGCGGGGGUGGGCUACUCAUCCUCAACAGUGGGGGGGGUGGCGGGCACCACCCAUCUCCACAUCCCCCACUGGCUGGCCCCCUCACGCUCACGUCUUAUCUGGGUCAGCCUCAUCCAGUGUCCACUGCAGCCUCCAUCAUCCAAGGACCUCCUCUCGUCCCUCACUCCACCCAGGUUGCACAUCUUCACCACACCCAUCACCACCACCAUCACCCACAGCAACACCACCUUCACCAGCAACAGCAUCAUGCUUCUCAGCACGGACCACAGCAACAGCAGCAGCAGCAGCAGCAGCAACAACAACAACAACAACAACAACAACAACAACAGCAGCAACAGCAGCAACAACAACAACAACAACAACAACAACAACAGCAACAGCAGCAGCAAGGUGUACCUACAUCUACACAUAAUGCUAAUCUCUUAGUUAAAAGGGAAGGAGAUAAAGAUGUAAUGGAAAGUCUUAAGCUGGAUGCUACAAAUGGCAAUAUUGCCAUGGACUCCGGCACUUUUGCCAAUCUUGUAUCAAGUCUUGAAGCUGGAGAAGCAACAACAAAUCAGCAACAGGAACAACAGCAUCAACAGCAGCAACAACAACAGCAACAACAACAGACACAGCAGCAGCAGCAACACCAGAAUCAGUCCCAGCAGCAGCAGCAACAACCAACCAAGGACACAUUUCUUAGCAUUAAAGCUGAAUUGAAUGAACUUUCAGUUGAGAAAGCUGAAUUAUUUUCUAAUACUCUAGAUCUCUCUCCUGAUGAUAUUCAGAAAACUCUCUCAGCAAAUCUUCCUCCGGGAUCGUGUGGCCGCAAGGCAUCCUCCACUGCCGAUGUCAACCCCAUGGACUUUAUAGAUAAUGACAUGACAUCACCCGAGGAUGAUGUUCUGGCCAAUCUUGAUGCUUUUGAUAUGCUGAGUGAUUUUCCUGAUUUGGAUCAUUAUGACACAUCCCCUCCAGAUAACCUGAAUAGUAAUAAUAGUAAUAGCAGCAGCAGCAGCAGCACAAACAAUAGUGGCAAGUCUGUGACAAAUCAGAGUCAACAGACAACCCGAAUGGACUACAGGGAAAACACUGCUAACAUAACAGACUACUCUCCUGAGUGGGCAUAUCCUGAGGGAGGAGUCAAGGUGCUGGUAACGGGGCCAUGGUAUAGCAGCUCUUCACCUUACACUGUCCUUUUUGAUGGUGUCCCUACAUCCACCACCCUUGUUCAGUCAGGCGUCCUACGGUGCUACUGCCCAGCACAUGAAGUUGGCUUAGUGACUCUUCAGGUUGCCUGUGAGGGUUUUGUUAUCUCCAAUUCUGUGAUAUUUGAGUACAAAAAACCUCCAUCCGAUGAGAACAAAGUCAAAGAGGAGCAGGUCAUACGGGAGCAGGAUGAACACCUCCUCAAAUUUACCCUCCUGCAGCGGCUGGAGACUAUGGAGACGAGGGUCCAGGUUUGCCCAGAUAGCCAGAAAAGCCCAUCCAGUUAUGAAAAUGAUGUCAUGAUGCACAAAGCUCAUAAUUUUGAGGAGCGAGUUGUGUCAUACUGUCAGAGGAUGAGUGGCAAGCAGUGGCUCAGCAUGGACCAUGGCUUUGCCUCCGGCCUGCCUGAGCUGCAUGGCCUCACUCUCCUGCACCUGGCAGCCAUGCUAGGUUAUUCUAGGUUAAUCGUUACAUUAUUGCGAUGGCGUGAGGAAAAUCCAUCUUUGGUGCUGGAGUGUGAGGUGGAUGCCUUACGUCAGGACUCCCGGGGCUGCACUCCUCUCAGCUGGGCCUGCACCCGAGGCCACCGCCACACUGCCCUUCUGCUUUAUCGCUGGAACUCACAAGCAUUGCACUCCAGAAAUCAGCUGGGACAGACUCCCCUGCAGUGUGCUACCAUUAAUGGUCAUCAUGCUCUAGCAGAGGAAUUACAACAGCUGGAUGGACAGAGAGAUCAAAGAGGCAGCUUAGAGGGACUAAACUUAUCCCUCUCAUCUUCCUCUUCCUCCUUGUCCCAGCUGUCUACCAACAGCAAUACCUCCACUACCACUUCAUGCAGCAACACCACAAGCCUCAGUCCUGGCUCCUCUGUGCUUGGAGUAGCUCACCACUCACCAGAUGUGUUUCUCCGACCUUCUCCCCGCAGAUGUGACUUCAAGAAGCAACGGCACCUCAGUGUAGACCUUCCUCUCAGCAGCGAACAGGAUCUUGGGCGUCCAGUCAGUUGUUUGUCACCUGCCUCGUCCUGGAGUGACACUUCAGUCCGCCGUGGCAAACUCAUCAAGAGACCUUCAGUUGACUCCGGCAUUAAUUUAGCCAAUGUGGACAAUUACAAGAGAACCAGUUUAGACUCAGGCCUUGACAUCUUGCAGAAGUAUUCCAGAGGUGAUGGUUCCAGCCCCCAGGUGUCAACACCCUCUCUUACCCUGGACAACCAUGGAGAAGAUAUUGUGGACUCUCCUAUGCCCUUCCAGUUUACACCAGGUGGAAGCUGCCAGUUACAGGCGGAGGGAGAGGAGGAGGAACAUUCAUCCCUCAGAGGUGUGGACAGUAGCUAUGCAAGCCGACGAGAAUCGCUCAGCUCAGAGAUGGCUGGCCUGGCUGCCCCAGAUGAUAGUCGUGUUCUCACUCUUGCUGAGCAGAUCAUAGCUGCACUUCCUGAGCGAAUUAAGAGUGAUGGAGAAGAACUGAUGCAGCUCGAGUCCAGCCCAGUAUCAGCUGAUCCACCUUCAUCAGACCUGGACAUGGAAGUAAUUCUGGAUGAACCUCCAGAUACCACACCCGAGUUCAACUUUGAGCUAUCAGAUAUUACAUCAUAUAGAUAUAUUGAUGUUGGUACUCCAAGCUCCUCCAUGAGUCCUGCCUCCUCCAGCUGUCUCCCUUCCCCUGCCUCUUUCACCCUGGAGAGCCCUUCACCUCCACCCACUACAGCUGACUUCUCAGAGUUUUUUCAAGCCUCCACCAGAGAUUUUUCUCGAGACUUCUCCAAUUUAACUUUGUCAGAUCGGGAGCAGCGAGAGCUUUAUGAGGCUGCCAAAACCAUACAGAAGGCAUACAGACUGUACAAGGGCCGGAAACGCCUCCAAGAACAGGAUAAGGAAAGACAAGCAGCCAUUGUCAUUCAGAAUUACUAUAGACGCUAUAAACAGUAUGUUUACUUCAGACAAAUGAGUAGAGCUGCUACUUUAAUCCAAAAUCAGUUUCGCUCUUAUUGUGAGCAUAAACGCUUCAAGAAAAGUUUGGAGGGGACCCAUACAAAUGUUAACUUUACUCUGAGAGGGUCACGGGAAACUACUCCCAUCCCUACAUUGAAGCGAACCUAUUCCCAGCGCCGACAACACCAGGCAGCCCGCAAGAUUCAACAAUUUAUGAGGCAGACAAAGCAAAAAGAGAGCGAGCGCAAGCGGCCGAAAGAGAGAAGGUGGGCCAGGGGUGCCAGGUGGUGGGUCAGGGGUGCCAGGGACCAGCAGUGGGGGGAGCAGUGGUGGGGGGGGUCGCAAUUCAGCAACCCCUCCCACCUCUUCUCCACCAGCUCCCUCCAGCACGGGCGGGCCCCUCAUCGGAGCACUCCCACCGCGACACAGACCCUUUACUCUCGAGCACAGCCCAUGCACCUGACCAAAAUGACCAUCAGGGCUGCCAUUGAAGCCAUCAGAUGGAAGAAUUGUCAAGUACAGAUGGACAAAGGCAAGUUAAUGCAAAAGCGCCUGUGCUCAACCAUUACCUGUAGGCGAGAGUUGACAAAAGUAUUGCGUUACUGUAGUGAUUCACCAGUACAGUGGACAGAACUUCCUAGGGCUCUGUGAUGUGCAAAUAGAGAACUAACUGGCAGCCACAGCUGCAAGGACUGUGCAUUGAGGUCAACAAUGCCAGGAUAACAAACUCUGCCACUGUGUGCUCCAGCUCUACUGACCGUCAGCAUUAAAAAGCAUAAUUUGCAUUGUAAUUUGCCUAUCCAAUUGAAAGCUACAUAGUUUUAUUGCAUAUUAUUUUCUUUGUGUAUAGUUUUAUGGCUAAUUUUAGCAGAAAGCGAUCAAUAAUUAAUUUUUUCAGCAUUUAGAACAAAUUCAUCUAGAGCUACCAACACUGCCUAUGAUUAAUUUAAUUGGAAAAGGAAAUAGACAUGAUUGUGUUUGCCCCCAAAGAUUAUUAUAAUAAGAGAUAUGAAGGCAUAAUAUGAGGCUUAGUUAUUUUUGUCAUAACAGGUUACAUAUACUGUAUUGUUGAUUUUGAUUGUCUACCUCAUUUGAAAAGUAUUCCUGUUAAGGUGACAUGAAUAAAGUAUCCAACUUUCUCAUUAUUGUCCACUUUAACAGUUGUGCACUCUGUAUCAUGUAUAUUCAUACAAUAGUUGUUAAAAAAAUUGUUCCUCUGUUUAACAUUUGAUAAGCCAGAGCUGGAUUAGGGAAGAUUGUGUGAUAAAACAAUGCCAAUCACAAACUACAGGUGUUGUGUGACUUUUGAGCUCAUUACACUUUGAUAAGUUGAAUGAGUGAGCUCAUCAAACUACAUGCCAACAUCCAGAAGGGCUUUGUGAUUCGCAUCAAUUACUCGUUAGGGGUGGGCGUGGGGGAUGCUAUGAAAGACAGUAGAGAAUUAUUUUAAUCUUCACUAUUUUCAAGCAUUGUACAAAUUAUUCCCAUGCUUCAAGAUAGCAAGACUAGUGCAUAAAACUGGAAGGCUUAUAUGGCAAUAAUGAUGCAUAAUGUUAUUGAAGAUAAGUUCUUCCAUAAUAUUCCUUUGGCCUUAAUAUUUGUUUGAGAAUAUGUAUUUAAAGUGUUUAUAUAUAAUUACAGUUGUCAGAUGGUAACUAUUUUUAAAAUUGAUAUACUUGAUAUUCAGUGUCAUCAGAAUAGAUAGAAGGUCUUUCCCUUAUAUUUUGACAUGAAUUUCUUAUAUGCUUAGAAAAAAACAAAAAGAUAAUAGCUUGAGCUAUUGUGCUUUCAGUGAGCAAGUUCUGUAGGAUGUAUAUGAGACGUUAUGAUACACAGAUGUGUGGGUGUGUGCAUGUGUGUGUGAAAGCAAGUGAGAGAGAGAGAUAAUAGAAAAAUUUAGUUACCUGAUAUUACUUCAGCCAUUCAGGGGUGUCAGUGAGUGUGACCUUCCAUGCACACUACUGAGCAAGGCUGAGAGAGAAGAGACAUGAUACUGUUAAUGCUACGGUACAAAACAGUCCAGGGUGGUGGAGGGGCCACCCUCUGGCACCAUAUGUGCAGUGUGUUGUGGUUCACAGUUGAGGCAGGUCCUCCCAGCACCACAGUGUCCUGGUUUGUUAUAGUUCAUGGCUUACCAAGACAUUAUAUCUAGUCCCUAAAAGCCAUCAACUAGUGACCUACCUACCAUUUUCUACUAGAUGGAUAUUAGCUAGGCAUCUUGCUUUUUAUUGAACAUAGAGAAGGGAAGUUCUUAUCAUUCUGCAAUGCUUGAUUCAAUCUUCCCUUUCUAAAUAUCUAUUUUUCUUGCUGGAGAACAGAGUUACAUAUAAUGGGCCAAGUACAUUGCUGGACACGAGACCAGGCUUAGGCCCACAUAUAAUAGUUUAUUAUAGCGAUAAUUUAGAAAUAUCCCAGCUUUUUAGAGUUAGCAUCUCUAGUUUCAAAGUAUAAGCUUAUUUUCUUUACCUAAUUUACUCUUUGAGCCUAGAGAUGCUCUCAUUCUUGAUUAAUCUCCGAUACAAUGUAGAUAAUAUUUACUCCUGAGAGUGUUUUGCAUGAUGUUUGACCCCAUCCUCAUGAUGAGCUGUUUUUGAUUUUUCCCCUCUCUGGAGAUUCUAUGCUUGGCAGAGUGGCACAAUAAUAUAAUGAAAACAUUGUAUAUGAGAUAAUAAAUAUAAGGGUAAGUUUAUAAAUUACUGCCAACAAAAAAGUCUCAAAGUCCAAAAAGUAUUAUAUAUACCAGACAUCCAAUAGCAACUACCAUAUUUUCUGUAAUUAACGGAAUUUGUAUUCAUGCAUAUAUAGGAAUUUUAUAGUGAUGCAGAAGCAGAAGUUAGGUAGAUACCUAUAAAUAGAUAUUAGUAUGUAUUUUGGUACACUUUCAAUUGGAAAUCCCAAAGAUGUCUAGAAUUGCACCCUAAGCACAUGCAAGCAAAUAGCUGUAUAAUAUAAGAUGUUAAAAGAAUUGAUGAACCUUUAUUGGUUAGGUUUCCUGUAAGAUAGCAAGAAAUGCAAAAGAGAAUAAUAUCCAGGUAAAAUUAUGUUUCAUGAAUAAAAGCAAUAAUUAUCUGUUUACUCUUCCUUCUACUAUGCGUGAGUGCUUAGGUAAAUCUUAUGAACACCAGUAAAAUAAUAACUUCCUUCUGCAGUAUGAUAAAUUAUCAGUAUUUAUUUAGCAUUAGAACUGUGGGAAAGCAAAUGUUCUUAAAAUUCUAUUCUUGACAAGAUGAGGAGCUGUAUUUUUUUUAAAGGCAGAAUGGUAAUGCUAGGAUGAUUGAAAGUAUGUAAUUAGCCAGUCCAUGCUCUCUUGGCAGUCUAUUUUUCAGGCAAUGUAUUUUAUUCAUCAUCUAUAGUUUAGUGAAAAUAAAAAUAUAAGAAUAGAUUUACUACAUACUAUUGUGUUCAUGCAGACCAAGGAGCAGAGAAUAAAUAUUAGAUUUUUUUUUCCUCAAACAUAGAUAGUUUAUAUACUUCAAGAGAAUUAUAGCAACUGCUUCUUGGUUUGCGCUGAGCCACGCAUCAGACUUUUGAUACCUUGCCAGAAGGUGCUCAGAACCUCUUCUCGAGAGAUGUUAAGAGCCAAGCAUCAGGAAAGUUCUUGUACAUACAGCGCUGUAUAUUACUCAUAAGAAGAAAGAGAAAAUUAAAACAUCCACAUCUUGUAUAUAGCUGUUGAUCAUGUUAUAAAUUUUAUUCUCUAUUAAGUCAAUUAAGACUGUAGUGAGUCAUGCAAAAGAUAUUCUUCUGGGACAAUUUUCUUAUUUGCUAUUCCUGCAUCUCUUUCCCUGUCUCUAAAACAUGACCAAUAAUCCAAGGCUUUUUUUGAAAUUCAGUAUUGUGUUUUGUUCUGUGAUAUGUACUGAUUCUGAAUUCACCCAAUACUUGCCUGUGUCAGAUUACUUUUCUAGGUGAAAUGCAGCCCACCAGCAUAGUUGUAAAUUAAUUAGUUGAAAAAAUUCUCAGAAUUCAUGAAAAAAAAAAUUAUAUAUAAGAACACUGACACUGCAUGUUCUAAUUCUUAAUAAAAGUAUGUAUUAAGUAUUUCAACUGUGUAACAGCAGAAUGUGUACCUCUUCACUGUUACAUACCAGUAUGCUCAGUAAGCUCACUUCUUAAUGAUUGAGCUGUAGCCAGAGUUGAACAAUGAAUAUUCAUCUGUAGCUUAUUGGGUGUAGGUCUCAUUUCUGACAAGUUACUUAGUUUCUGAAGUAAAUUUGUUUCCAUAAAGUCUUGUACUGGUAAUUAAAUAAAACUUUAAAAGAAUUUAAA